AAGCCACGAGGCACCCCAGAGGCACUCUCAACGCUCAGUCGGUUCUUGUUGAGACCAAGAACCCUUCCUCUGUCUCUCACUUCCAUCCUGUCCUCAUAUAUUUUUUUUAAAUCUGCGUAUCGAUUUACACUGUGGAAUUCGUACGUGCGUUUGUUAAUUUCGACCUUACUGCUUGUGCAAAAUAAAAAGAUAUUUUGAUACAGGAAAGAGUCAAGGAGUUCUGAGGAUACUAAAAGAUCGCUACUAAGAAAUGUGGUGAGCCUUGGGGUACUCGACUCGCCAGGGCAUUGUACUACCCAACUCACUCCAGGACACAGUGGGAAGGGAAAAGGAGAGGUUCCAAGUUCUACUGCUGUCUUUUGGCCUGCUGUGAAGGAGAGCAUAGGACCCGUCCUCAUGCAGCAUUACAAGGACACAUUUAUUGACCUCAUGGGUGGCUCCAUGGGGGGUGUCGCGAGUGUGUAUGUUGGGCAGCCUCUGGAUACCGUCAAAGUCAAAAUGCAGACCUUUCCCAACCUCUACCGUGGCAUGGUAGGAUGUUUCUCGCAGACUCUGAAACGGGAUGGUGUCAGAGGUCUCUAUGCAGGCACAGUUCCCGCCCUUGCUGCAAAUAUUGCUGAAAAUUCAGUUCUUUUUGCGGCUUAUGGUGUUUGCCAGAAGGCUGUGGCAUAUUCUACUGGUGUGCAGAAAGUAGAGGACCUUUCGACAUUUGCAAAUGCAUCUGCUGGAUUCUUUGCAGCAUUUUUUUCCUCUCUAACCCUCUGUCCAACGGAACUGGUCAAGUGUCGCCUACAGGCUAUGCGGGAAAUGGCAACAAUACAGAAUAAGGAACCUGAAAGGCUAGGACCCUGGAAGCUCACGAGACAGAUUUUAAAGUCUGACGGUAUUCCAGGGCUCUUCCGAGGCCUAACCUCAACCUUCGCAAGAGAAAUGCCUGGUUAUUUCUUCUUCUUUGGAGGCUAUGAGGCCAGUCGAGCGCUCAUGACUCCUCCGGGGAAAACCAAAGAUGAAAUUGGUCCUCUAAAGACAAUGAUCUGUGGUGGCAUUGCGGGGGUUAUUCUUUGGACAGCCAUUUUCCCUACUGAUGUUGUAAAAUCAAGGAUACAAGUUGCAGGUUCAACUGAGCCAAUGAUAAAAGUUACAAAGCAGAUCUUGAGAACUGAAGGUGUGGCUGCUCUUUAUAAUGGGCUAGGUCCCACUGUGGUGAGAACGUUUCCUGCAACUGGAGCACUAUUCCUUGCAUAUGAAGGAACUAAGAAGGUCCUACACAAUCUAAUGGACUAAUAAGAUUAAUAAAAUGGUUGCUGCUGCUGAUGUUGAAGUAUUCAGAUUUUUCAGUGGUUGCCUGACUUAUUGGAAAUCCACUAUUUUGAUUUUUUAUAUUUUGUCAUUGUGAUUCUUAUGUUUUAUAAAGUUUAAGCUCAGGAUGUUUAUCAUGUAAAUGUAUUUGUAAAGCAAGUAUUGAAUAUAUGCCUGACUUUUUAUAAAGAAGCACAUUAUAUUUCUUGGACAUGUAUAGUGUUUUAUGAGAAUUUUUAUUCUUCUAUCUCAUGGAAUAGGAGCUUAACUUCUGGUGCUAAUUGUAAGAAUUCUUUGUGAAGGCAGUGCCUGCAGAUUGCACAUUAUAAAUUAAAGGAUUAAAAAAAAAUAGGUAAACAUUUUUACCGUCCACUUUGAUUAUGUUCUUUUAUGUAAUUGUAGAAUUUUAGUUUUGAUAACUGAUGCAUAAUUUCUGAUAAUCAAGUUAUUAAUAAGAGACUAUAUAUACUUCCACUUAUAUAAAGUCAUAUACAAAUUCUACCUAGUUUGUUACACUGAUCAGUAACUUUCCAAAUUAUUCGCCAUUUGUUAUAUGACGAAAUACUGAUGUUCAGUAACCUAGCAUACAUAGUUAUGCAGGGAAUUUGCUCAAAAAUAAAAAUAUUUCAGUGCCAAUAAUUCAUCAGGUAGUAAUCUGGUAAUGGGUAAUGAAUGUGAUAACUAAGAUUUGUGAAGAAUGUGAGGUAUUUUUCCCCUUAUUUUAUCUCUGAAACUGGAAUAUAAGAAGGUUUGUGUUAAACCCCUUCAUCCCAGAUAUUGUACCAGUAGGUUGUCAUGUCUCGCAAAGGGUUGUAUUUGUCACAACUUUUGACUAUGCUGAAUUCCUUGCAGUUUACAUCAUAUGGAAAUUAUUAUGAUGCUGUUAGACAAUGUUGCACAAAUUAUGUAAAGUAUGGCCAGUGUUUUUUUUUUUUUUCUUAUUAAAGUGUGUAAGUUUUUGAUGUUUUAAAUGAUAUAUAUACUGAUAACUUUUUUGUAUAAGAAUUGUAAAGUUUUAGACUGUUUUGAUAUCUAGUCAGUUUUUGAUAAAUAAAUCAAAUUGAUGUGA